CUCUGUGUCCAGAAAAUGUGAUGGUGAGCUGUGAAAACCUGAUAAUUAUGGCCCGAUGGGAUUGCGAAGGACAACAACCUGAAACCAGUUUCAAAGUAAAGAUAUCAUCAAUAUACAUGGGAGUGUUACAUGAGGUUAUUACCAAAGACAACGAGUACGAUCUGAGCCACGUUGUUUGGAAAUCCAAAGAAAUCUGCUUGAGCUUCCUCUAUGUUACCGUAACAGCUUUACAUGGUGGGAACGAGUCAACAGAAAUUAAAUCAAAGUCUUUCUCCUUUAACACUCAGGAGACCGUCUAUGCAAACUGUCUAUUAGAGUUCCCUCCUGCUACUCUGGUUGUGAAUGAGAGCAGAGCUGUGGUGACGUUCCCUAAUCCAUUCCUUUUCUACAAAGAAAUCAAUCAGGUGUACAAAGAGUCUGAUUUUCAGCUUAUAUUCUCAGUCAACUUCGGAGAAAAUGUAGUCAAUACUACAUUGUGCAGUAAGGCUGAGCCCACCUGCACUGCUGAAGUGAUGUUCCCUGAAGGCGAGGAGAACUGUGUCACACUGGAAGGGUUGUUGGUGGAUGAAAAUGAGGUUGACGGAAUACAGAUCAACCAGACGCAAAAGAUCUGUGCCUCCGAAAGAAAUGGUUCGCCGGCCCUCCUCCACCCCGUUCUCCACCUGGAGCGAUGCUUUGCCGUGGUCUGGCCUCUAACCACCAUCAGCCUCUGGGUUCUGGGGUUCAUUCAUCUGUAGUCCAGGUUCACAUCUAAUGACCAUAGCCUAACCACCAAAGAUUAGAGUUGUAUGCCCAUUUUUUCUGUAACAAAACACAUUUUUGUUUGUAUUUCUAAUAUCUCUACUUGAUAAAAUCCUUUUGUGGUUGGAUAUUUUUUUUAGGUAGAAAAUUGGUGUCAAAAGUCUAAGGUUGUAACCUGAGUUUGUGUCUGUCAAUUGUGUUCUUGUAGAAAAAUUAGGCAAACUUGUGGAUGUGCCCCAUGAAAAUGAUUUUGGAGACAAAGAAAAUAAACAUGCAAAACAUUUUCAUUGUUGUAAAUCUUUUGUAUGCUCAAAUAAGAUCAACUGUCAGGAUUACAAAAGCACAGUAUUUUCCUACACUUUUAGUUAUUUUUAGAAACACAUCCGUAUGAUUGUAAUUUUACAACGGUUAAUUAUUUGUGGAAAGAAAACCAAAGUUUUGUUCGGUAUUCUAAACCUUACUAUGUUGUAAUAACGGUUAAAUGAUUCUGAAGUUU